AUGCAGAACGAACCUAUGUUUCAAGUCCAAGUGGACGAAACUGAAGAUACAGAAUGGAAUGAUAUUUUAAGAGCUAAAGGUGUUAUACCUGAAAGACCACCUUCUCCAACUGCUCAAUUAGAAGAGGCUUUAGAAGAUGCUUUAAAGAAACAACAUGAAAACAGAUUAGAAGAUAAAGAUAUUUCUGAUUUGGAAGAGUUGGAAGAUGAUGAAGAUGAAGAUUUCUUGGCAUUUUAUAAGCAGAAGAGAUUAGCUGAAUUAGCAAAGUUGCAACAACGUUCCAAGUUUGGUGAUGUUUAUCAUAUAAAUAAACCCGAAUACAAUAAGGAAGUAACAGAAGCAAGUAAAGGUGCUAAAAAAGUUUCCAACGGUACAUACUUAAAUUCCAUUGAUAAUAAUGAAAGUAAGGAAGAAUCAUCAAAUGCUGUCUACGUUUUUGUUCAUCUUUCUCUACAGAGUAAGCUUCAAAGUAGAAUAUUAUCCCAUAUCUUUCAAACAGAAGCACCAAAAUUUCCUGAAAUAAAGUUUGUUGACAUCCCAGGUCCAAGAGCUAUUGAAAACUAUCCAGAAAACAAUUGUCCAACUUUAAUCGUAUAUUACAAUGGUGAUGUUGUAAGAAACAUAGUGACAUUAUUAGGAUUAGGAGGUAAUGAUACAAAAAUUGGUGAUUUUGAACAAUUACUUGUUAAGGUCGGAGCAGUAAAAGAAAAUGAUAAUAGGUUAAUAAUGAAUGUUGAUUCAGAAGAAUCAAGAGAAGAGAGAAAAUUGACUUUUGCUAAUAAGAAAAGCAUAAGGUCAGGUAUUAGAGGUAAGUUCAAUCUUGGCGUUGGAGCCGGAGAAGAAGAAGAAGAAGACGACGAAGAUGACUUCUUUAACUAA